AGAAUCACCAGAUCACCUACUCUCAUAUAUUCCAAUUUCCAGUUUACCUCUUCACUGUUAGUUAACAAUGGCUGAAGCUGCUGUUUCUGCCCUUCUCAAUGUCAUUUUUCAGAAGCUAGCCGAUGAAGCCUUCAAGCGAUAUGCUCGCUCUCAGAACAUUCACUCGGAACUCAAGCAAUUGGGGAUCACGUUGACCCAGAUCCAAGCUCUGCUGAAUGACGCUUCUCACAAGGAAACAACUCAUGAAUCUGUCAGACUAUGGCUCAAUAGUCUCCAACAUUUGGCUUACGAUAUCGAUGACGUACUUGACGAUGUGGCUACCGAAGCUAUGCAUCGUGAGCUGACCCCGGAAUCAGAAGCAAGCACCAGCAUGGUAAGAAAGCUCAUCCCAACUUGCUGCACAAACUUCUCAUUAAGUCAUAGGUUGACUCCCAAGUUAGAUAGUAUUAACAAGCAGCUACAACAUCUAGAAAAACAAAAGUCUGAUCUGGGUUUGAUUGUGAAAGAUGAAAAGCCAAAAGGUACUAGUAGAAGAAACGAAACAUCUUUGCUAGAAUCUGAUGUUGUUGGGCGAGAAGGUGAAAGAGAGAACUUGAUCAACAAGUUGUUGCAGGAUGAGCCAUCUAAACAAAACUUCAUCAUCGUACCCAUCGUUGGUAUGGGUGGGGUGGGGAAGACCACUCUGGCUAGAAUAUUGUACAACGAUACGCGAGUGAAGGGUCACUUUGAACUCAUGGCAUGGGUUUGCGUAUCCGAUGAGUUUGAUAUAUUUAAAAUAAGUCAAACCAUCUAUCAAUCUGUGGCUAAAGAAAGCAAACAAUUUACAGAUACAAAUCAGCUUCAAAUUGCUCUUAAAGAGAAACUUGAGGGCAAACGAUUUCUAGUAGUGCUCGAUGAUGUGUGGAAUGAAAACUAUGAUGACUGGGAAAACCUAGUGCGUCCAUUUCGUUCUGGUGCUACCGGAAGUCGGGUAAUUAUGACAACUCGCCAGCAGCAACUGCUCAAAAAGAUAGGUUUUAAUCAUCUAGACCAUCUCGAGCAUUUGUCGCAUGACGAUGCUCUGUCUUUAUUAGCUCUACAUGCAUUGGAUGUGGAUAACUUUGACUCACACGCAAUACUUAAACCACAAGCUGAAGGUAUAGUAAAAAAGUGUGGUUGUUUGCCUUUGGCUAUAAAGGCAAUCGGAAGGCUCUUGAGAACGAAGACAGAUGGAGAAGAAUGGAAUGAUGUGUUGAACAGUGAGAUAUGGGAUUUAGAAACUGCUAAUGAAAUUGUUCCAGCCCUCAGGCUAAGUUACCAUGAUCUUUCUGCCGAUUUGAAGCGAUUGUUUGCUUAUUGCUCUUUGUUCCCUAAGGACUUUUUGUUUGAAAAAGAGGAGUUGGUAUUAUUAUGGGUGGCUGAAGGGUAUCUGAAUGAGUCAGUUGCAAACAAAUCACCAGAAUGCUUGGGCCAUGAAUGUUUUGAGAAACUGCUAUCGAGGUCCUUUUUCCAACGUGCACCUAGUGGUGAACCCUUUUUUGUGAUACAUGAUCUCAUGAACGACCUGGCCACAUUUGUUGCUGGAGAAUAUUUUUUAAGGUUUGAUAAUCAGAUGGAGAUGAUGGAGGAAGCUUUAGCCAAGUACCGACAUAUGUCAUUUAUUCGUGAGAAGUAUGUAGCUUUCCAGAAGUUUGAGGCAUUUCAAAGAGCAAGAAGUUUGAGAACCCUGUUAGCAGUAUAUGUUGGGGUAGACGAAAGUUGGAACAGGUGUUACAUAUCCAAUAAAAUUGUGGUUGACUUACUCUCUCGGCUACCAUUGUUAAGGGUUCUUUCUUUGAGUCAUUUUAACAUAAGUGAGGUACCAAAUUCCAUUGGUAGUUUGAAGCACCUGAGGUAUCUUAAUCUAUCUCAUACAAAUAUAAAAGAGUUGCCUGAGAAUGUUGGCAAUCUUUAUAAUUUACAGACAUUGAUAGUUUCUGGAUGUAAAAGUCUGACCAAUUUGCCUAAAAGCUUCUUUAAACUCAAAAGGCUGAGGCAUUUUGACAUCAGAAAUACUCCACUUUUGAAGAAGUUGCCUUUGGGAAUUGGUGAGUUGAAAAGCCUGCAGACUCUCACUAGGAUCAUCAUCGGAGGAAACAGUGGCUUUGCAAUAACCGAGCUUAAGUGGUUGAAGGAUCUCAAUGGGGAAAUUUCCAUCGAGGGGUUGAACAAAGUGCAGAGCCCAACGCAUGCACGAGAGGCGAACUUAUCUUUCAAAGGGAUUAACAAGUUAGAAUUGAAAUGGGAUGAUGGGUCUGCAAGUGAAACACUUGAGAAGGAAGUUCUGAAUGAGCUAAAGCCCCGCAGUGAUAAGUUGAAAAUGCUUGAGGUUGAGUGUUACAAGGGAAUGGAGUUUCCAAACUGGGUUGGGGAUCCGUCUUUUAAUAGAUUGGUUCAUGUAUCGCUACGCGCUUGUAGAAAAUGUACAUCUGUACCGCCACUUGGGCGACUACCUUCACUUGAAAUUCUAAGGUUUGAAGAUAUGUCGAGUUGGGAGGUAUGGUCAACCAAUAGCGAGGCAAUGUUUCCAUGCCUUCGAGAGCUUCAAAUAAAAAGAUGUCCCAAUUUGAUUGAUGUCUCGGUUGAAGCAUUACCUUCGCUAAGAGUUUUAAUAAUAGCUGGAUGUUGCGAAAGUGUGCUGAGAAGUCUGGUUCAAGCAGCUUCAUCAACCACAGAUAUAGAAAUCGAAUCUAUUUUAGGGCUUACGGAUGAGGUGUGGAGAGGUGUUAUAGAGAAUUUAGGGGCAGUAGAAAAACUAAGCAUAGAGUAUUGUGAUGAAAUAAGAUACCUGUGGGAAUCAGAUGCAGAGGCAAGUAAAGUUCUUGUAAAUUUAAAGGAACUGAAGGUAUAUAGAUGUAAAAAUCUAGUGAGUUUAGAAGAGAAAGAGGAGGAUGAGGAUAACAUUGGGAGCAACUUCCUAUCAUCUCUUAGGAUGCUGGAUAUAACAUCAUGUGAUAGUAUGGAGCGAUUGUGUUGUCCAAAUAGCAUUGAGAGGUUAAACAUCAGUUGGUGUAGUUCAGUUAGAGAUGUCUCCUUCCCAAGAGCAACAACAACAGGUGGAGGAGGGCAGAAUCUCAAGUCACUUACUAUACUUAGUUGUGGAAAUAUAAAGUCAAUAAAUCAAUUGAGUAACUCCACUCACCUCACCUUUUUGUCAAUAAGUCAUUGUGGAAACAUGGAGUUAUUUUCUGAUCUUCAUCAGCUAUCAAAUCUCACGUCGUUGUGUAUAGUAGGUUCUAAAAGCAUAGAGUCAUUUUCUGACCUUGAGCUAUCAAACCUCACCAGGUUGGAAAUAGUAGGUUGUGAAAGAAUAGAGUCAUUUCCUAACCUCCAUCUGCCAAAUCUCACAGAACUGAGAAUAAGAGAUUGUAAAAACAUGAAGGCAUUUGGUGACCUGCAGCUACCAAAUCUAAUCAGUUGGAGCAUAUAUAAUUGUGAAAAGCUGGAUUCAUUUCCUGACCUUCAGCUAUCCAAUCUCACCAUGUUAAAACAUAUGUGUAUGAUUAAAUGUCCAAUGAUUGAUGCUUCCUUUCCUCGUGGGCUUUGGCCUCCCAAUUUGAGUUCCCUUGGAAUAGGGGGGUUGAAAAAGCCCAUCUCAGAAUGGGGCAAUCAGAAUUUCCCACCUUCCCUUGUUGAGCUAUAUUUAUAUGAUGAACCUAAUGUGAGGAAUUUUAGUCAGUUGUCCCACCUUUUCCCUUCUUCUCUUACAAAGUUGGAGAUGAACAAUUUUGAUAAUCUGGAAUCAGUUUCAACGGGACUCCAACACCUCACAUCCCUUCAACAUCUUGGAAUUUGGAAAUGCCCAAAGGUGAACGAUCUUCCAGAGACGCUGUUACCUUCACUUUUGAGUUUGAGAAUACUUGAAGGAUGCCCAAAAUUGAAAGAAAGGUGUGAAGGAAGAGGCUCCCACUACUGGCCACUCAUCUCUCAUAUCCCCUACAUCCCACAUAUAAGAGACUAA